AUGUUUGUUCUGGUUGCAAGUCAUGGAGAGGAGGAAAAAGGGGCAGAAGGCAUUGCUGCUGUGGAUUUUCGAGGCCACCCAGUAGGCAAGACAAAAACUGGAGGAUGGCUAGCAGCAGGGCUCAUCUUAGGUUCACAUUCAUCUCAAUCCAUAGAAAUUGGAGUCAUGCCAAGAAUAUGUGUGAUGGGCAUAGCCAUGAAUUUAGUGACCUACUUGGUUAGAGAUUUGAAUCUCCCUUCACCUGAUUCUGCCACCAUAGUUACCAAUGUCAUGGGAACUGUCAACCUUCUUGGCCUUGUUGGUGGCUUCCUUGCUGAUGCCAAACUUGGCAGAUACCUCACUGUUGCCAUAUCUGCAACCAUAGCUGCUGUGGGAGUGAGUUUGUUAACU